CCCAACUAAUUCGGGCCCUAUUAGACUGAGCUCCGAUGGGCCGAAUAACUAUGUGUCGGUUUACAAUACCACCACCAUGUGCCCCAUCACAAUCCUUCCUAGACGAAUUCACCGUCUUCUCAAGAAUGGUCUUUAUCUGCUUGUUGCUCGUUUCUGCUUUGCCCGAGGUCUGUGGAUGGUAUGGGGUGGCCAGCUUAUGCGAAAUGCCGUACUUCUUCAUCAAUUUCUCAAAAAUUCGGUUGCAGAAAUGUUUGCCCCCAUCGCUCACAAUGGAAC